CAGCGACAUCGUUCACUAUCCUUGUCACCGUCACUUUGUUUUUAGCAUUUUCCGUCGUGCGUUCACGAUUUGGCGUUGAACACUUUUCGCUGUUAUUUUCCUAUAAGUAGCUUUCGUGUCAAAUUGUGUGCAGCAGGAGUAAAAAGAAAGAAAAAUAACUGGAUUAUCUUCAUACCUAGUAAUAUUAAUAAUAUAAUCGACGGUUUCGAUCGGUCCUCGCAGCGGCUGUGUGAGUAGGCGAAGUGUGCUGCGGUGGGGGAACAUAAAUUAUUCAGCAACGAACUGCGACGAUAAACCCGACAGCGCAGUUACCUUUACUGAGGCAAGGCUGGUUUUGGGGUAUUCCAGUCGAGAAGGGGGUAAACUAAAAACGCAACUGUGCGAAUAAUUUGCAUAUUGUGGUUCAGAUUAGCAGUGAUUUCCCUUGAGAAAAGGAGAACAGCCAGAUAUAUCGGUAAUGAAAGUGUACAUCCGGUCGUAGAAGUCCGGAUUGUACGUGAAUGGAAGUUCCGGACGAUGGGCAACGGCAGCUUUAAAGAAGAAGGUAGUGGUCAGUGUCGUGAUAUGAGAUAAGCCGAACUGCUCUAGUUCGAUCUGGUGCGGAGGCUUAUCAGUGAGAUUUAGAACGAAGAAGGGUUUCGUAAAACGGAUUUUGUUGAGCAAGUGAAGAAUCUGGAAGCCUUAGAGCGCUAAUUGCACGUACAGUUAUAGAAAGGAAUCACAAUCUGUGUGUAUUGAAAGAUUACGUAGGCAGACGGAGGACAGACUAAAAUGGGUGGAAAAAUGUCAGUCUUGAACUGGUGGCUUUUGGUCACUUCUUUGUUGGUGCUGAUAGCAACACGAAUGGUGUCAGCACAGUACAGCAUCGAUUUGAAAACUACGUCCGGCUCGGUCGUCCUGGGCGGAACGAUGGAAUUCCAAGCAACGCUGCUGACCGACGGGAAGGCGGUCGAUGGUGAUUAUGAGGUCAUCUGGUCGGAUAACAUGAAUCCACCGCACACGUUGACGGGAUACAGCAAACAUCCUUACUUCAAUUGGACCCAAUCGUACGAGAACAAUGUAAACGCUGGAAGUUACGUUGUCACGAUCGUCGUAAAAAGGUUAAUCAUAUUUUACUACAUGGAAGCGUCCACAAAAUCGAUGGCAUUCAACCUGACCAGUCUUCUCAACGGUCAGAUGCAGCUGAUUCAGAAUAGUAGCGUCGUGGAUACGGAGUACGUCUCAAGUGCCGUCGCGUUGAACCAGACCAUUGUGCUGACCGAAGGUGAUCAGCGAGUCCUGGCCAAGGCCACCUACAUUCGGACUUAUUGGUUCAUCAACUGUCAAUACCUGGGUACGUCGGAUGAGUUUACCAAGCUGAGCAAUUUCACCACAGAGAACCAGGAGUAUACCAUUGAAGCGUUGGUAGUGGCGUCGUUCGAUAAGCUUCCGGAUCCUACAACGACCACUACCACAACCACCACUACGACCACAACUACUACUACGACGACAACAACAACAACCACUACUACACCAGCUACCACAACCAGCAGCUCUACUACUCCGGCAACUACUACCACUACUACUCCAGUACCGCCAAACAGUACAACAACAACAGUAACGCCGGCAACGACCAGCUCUAGUACCUCAACCACCAGUACAACUCCCAAGCCGAGUUCGCGAAGACGGCGAAGGCAGGUGGCGUCUUCCAGGGAUGUCCUCGCCAGCAUCAGUCCCCUGUUGCUCAAUAUGACGGAUAUCCGAAGCAUCAUCCUGAACGGCGAGCGGAUACCGGACCAUCUUCUGCUGCAUGAGGAUCUGGACCAUGAAUCGGUCGAAGUGAGUCGCAUCGUCAAAAAGGCCGAUCCCGGCUUCAACAUCGACGAUUCCCGGCAGCCGUUUGUUUGCGGUAACAGUUCGAUGAUUCCUCCGGAUCCGAAGAAAACCUACGGUCAUUUUGUGAGAAAGAUCAUCGUUCAAAAUCCGAUCACUAAGCUCAACGUCACUGGUCCGCAGUGGGUCCAGCAGGGUCAUUCGGCCAAUCUCACCUUCCAGUGCUCGGGGACGCCACCGUUCAGCUUCUGCUACAGUCUCUUCAAAGGGCAACACAAUCUAACCCAAAACGAAACGUGUACCAAUGGAUGGAUAUCGAAAGACGAUCGCUGUAGCUUCAAGUUUACCUCGUGGUUGAUCUUCAAAGAGCAGCGCUCGUUGGUAGUCUUCCUGAAAAACCGGAUAUCCGAGGAGGUCAUUCAAGUUGGACUGCAGAUCUAUGAGAAUCAACCCAAAUCCCAGCUAUCGGUCAUCGUAGUCCCCAUUGGGUUUUGCCUGCUGGCGGUAAUUCUGGUGGUCUUUGGCGUGGCCUAUUACAUCCAGAAUCGGGAACGCUUCAUCAUCGAGGUGGCCGAUUUCAACUUUGGCGAUACGAAUUCGCUGGAUGACGACAUGGAGUACAAGACGUUCCAACAGCGGCUGCUGGACAGUAUGCGGGAUUCGUUCAGACUGCCACGGUUUCGCCUGGGGUCCAGUGGGGCCAGCCACGACGGUGACGACAUGUCUCCGUCGGCGGUGGGCGAUAGUUCGCUGCGGUACGGUUCGAUGACCUAGGUCGGCGGUAGAUGCAGGUUUGAAUCGUUGUUUUCCAUUUUACUUUGAAGGAAUUACUGAGUGAUUGGCAGAGUUUUGUUUUGAAAUAGGGUCCUCCACCGGGAUCUCUAAUGUAUUAGUGUGAUGGCUUUUCUUGUAUUUUCCGGCCACUUGAUGAGCGAGCAGGUGUGCAAUAGAAUUUGGAUUAAUAAGACGCGAGAGGUUUUGGAACACGUGAAUCGUUUAGUGAUCGUAGGCGAAGUCUUGCAUAUCUCACCUCUGGUAUCCGAUUAUGGUUAGUAACUGCCCUGCCCAUACAAACAUAAUCUAUGUACUAGGUAUCUAUUAUUAUUAUGAGCAAUAACCUUUCAGGAAUAGCGGCAUCCUGUAGCCAAGAUGCUGCUUGCAUGGCCAAUGAGAAUAACCCAGAGAAAGAGUCAUUCCUACACAGUUGUAUGAGAAUUUUCUAAAAACUGCAAGACUCACCGCUGAGUUCUUGGGUUUUUAUCUAUAGAAGAAGUGUCUCUAUGUCUCUGAGUUAUUCUCAUUGGUCAUGUGGUUUAGGUUUACAUGCAAUUCUGACAGCAUUUCAUGCACGUAAUGUAUCAAUUGGUCGAACAUGCUCCUAGGCAUUUGUGUGUCCAACAGGCUCAACAGGUAAGCUUCGAAAUGUAUGCAAUCAAUGCACCAGUGUUGACGGUUGCACCUACGAUCGUUGUCUGCUCCGCGCCCAAUUUCCAGAUGUAGGGAAAACGCUGGUCAAUUCCAGCUUUUGUUUGAGCUAUGGACCAUUUGGCAGAAGCCUAGCUCUGAGUUCCGCGGAGUUGAUGCUUCGAAGUUUUGAGCUCGAUUCUGACUUCUGAGAAUCCUUUUUAACCCUUUCCCGUCCAGAGUGUAACCAAUUUUAAAAACCAUUAUCUCUGGAGUGUCUUGAGAUAUUGGCCUGGAUUUUCUUCCGAUAAUAGAAGAACUGAAGGUUGAACGCGGAAAAAUUCGGACCCAUUAAAAAAGCUGCCAUUAAUGCAUUUUUUGAGUAACAUUUUACAGAAUUUCACUGAAUCAAGCUAAGAGUGUAUAGAAUCACAGUAGGCAUUGGUUGUCAGAAUAAGUUAUUUUUUUCACAUCAUGGCUUCACCGGUGCAAGCACGUCGCGAUUCGAUCCUGCACGCUCGAAACGAAAAUCCCGGUUGAUCCGCUCCUGGCAGUUUUCGAUAAAAUUCCUGGGCAGGAAUUUUUUACCUCGGUUGACCGGAAGAAUGUUAAAUCAAAAAGAAAUCGAGAUUUCCCAAAAAGUUCCUUGUCUGGCAAGUAAUCUACAGUUUGUAGACUGAAAAGCGAAACUUUCGUUACUUCUGGAACCAUGAACCAGCAAAUUUACCACAAGGAGUGCCUACGGAAGAGACCGCCGCCUUUUCUGGAGCAACAUGAGGUGGAUUGCCUAUUCUUACCAGAAUUGGCAAGCUGCCACUACUCAAAAUCCACCCAACAGUGGUACAGCAAAAAUGGCGUCACAGUGGUUCCCAAGGAGAUGAAUCCGGCCAAUACCCCGAAACUAAAGCCAAUUGAGAAAUACUGGUCAAUUGUGAUGCACAUACUGAAGAAAAAGAGUAGAACUGCAAUUGACCUGAAGGAUUUCAAGCGGAAAUGGAAUUUGGUAGUUAAACAGUGGGAACAGGGCUCAUGUCAAAGAUGAUGGACCGUGUACGAAGAAAAGUUCGAGCAAUGGCCUAUGCUAGGAAACAAGACUGAAACAAUGGUCUUACAAUAAGCAUAAUACCUACUAAUGUAAAGCUGGUACAUUGAACUAUGAAAAAUAAAACGCAUUUAAUCACCAUCAAAAUUUUAGUGUCCGGAUUUUUUCGUAUUAAACCUCAAUAUUUUUUUUAAAUCGGUUGCAAUUUUAGAAAGUUGUAGCCUACAAUUUCAAAAAAGGCAUGAAGCUUCAGUGUCACCACGGGCAAAUGGUAUUCUAGGAGACUCGUAAUGAAGAUUCUGAGGAAUCCCAGGUUGAAAAAAAAACUCAAACUGUAUUCCAAACUGUUACCUUGUGGAAGGAUUCUGAUCUGGAUAUUGAAUAAUGCCAAAGCCAGUGGAAUCCUUGGUGAAACUCUUGAUCACUUUUGGCAGGAUUCUAUGCAAUUUCGGAUUUGAUUAUCCGGAAUCACUGAAAGGGGUUCAGGAUUGCCAGGUGGUUUCUUGUGGUAUUCUAUGGAGUCUCAGACGACAUUCUACAAAAUUCUAAGUGUGAUUCCAAACAGUUUCGGGUGGGAUUCUGGAGAUUCCUAGGUGAAUACUCACCAUUAGAUCAACUAACUCGUCUUAUAAGUUUUUUAGAAUCCCGCCUAAGAUUUCUAGCAUGUUAUCUCAUGCACUAUUCUUUGAAUUUCAUUGUGUAUCAUCGUUCAAGCAUUUAACGGUUGAUUUGAAUAUUAUCAGUUCCGCGAACUACUCGCCGCAGCGCUGGCAUCGGAUCACUUUGACGUUUCUAUACAUUCUAUAGAACUUUUAUGCAAUAUUGUUUGCGAGUUAGCGAGCAAGCUUGUUUUCCGCGAGAAGUCCGAGAGAUGUCGCUACUGAGGUCCUAUGUUUUAAGAUAUUAUGUUUUCAAGAAAAACUUUUUCAAAGAGUUACGUCUGUUUGUCUGUGGAGAAACUAAGACGAGUGUCUGAGGAACACUACUUACACUAAACUCUACCUGGAUAUGGAUAUUAAGGAAUCCUACUGUGUUACCUGACUCAUAACGAAUAUACUUUGUAUCCGCGGUCCCUCGGAUACAACUUUAGACGAGUUCAUUUUCCACCGGAUACAACGUAUAUUCGCUAUGAGACAGGUAAGACAGUAGACAAAAUUCCAAGGAAUCCUAAGUAGACAUAUUUUUUAUUCAGAACAUUAUGGAGUCCUUAGAAUCCCACCAGGUAGUGUUCCAAAAGGGAUUCGUCCCUGGCGGGAUUCUGAGUAUCUCACAUAGAUCUCAGGUGGGAUGUAGAUGGCCAAAGGUCGAACGACAAAAGGUUGAAGGGUAAAAGGUUAAAAGACAGAAGAUCGUUGGAAAAUAGGACGAAUAUACAAAAGGUCGAAUGGACAAAUUCCAAGGGACAAAAAGUCGAAUGGUCAAAAGGAUGGUACACAGGUAUAUUGAGGUCAAGGCCACCAGUCAAUCUAACUGAACUGCUUGAAAGCUAUUUCUCAAUCUUGAAGUUGACUCCUUCCCAGACGGGAUUCUCAGCAAUCCCAGACGGGAUUCUCAUGAAUCCCAGACGGGAUUUUCAACAAACUCAGACGGGAUUCUCAGCAAUCCCAGACGGAAUUCUCAGCAAUCCAAGACGAGAUCCUCAGCAAUCCCAGACGGGAUUCUCAGCAAUCCAAGACGGGAUUCUCAGCUAUCCCAGAGGGGAUUCUCAGCAACCCAAUACGGGACUCUUAGCAAUCCCAGACGGGAUUCUUAGUAAUCCCAGACGAGAUUCUCAGCAAUCCCAGACGGGAUUCUCAGCAAUCCCAGACGGGAUUCUCAGCAAUCCCAGACGGGAUUCUCAUGAAUCCCAGACGGGAUUUUCAACAAACUCAGACGGGAUUCUCAGCAAUCCCAGACGGAAUUCUCAGCAAUCCAAGACGAGAUCCUCAG